AUGGUGGAUCGGCUUGCACGCUGGCCUGAAGCGGUUCCAUCAGUCGCAUCCGUUUUUAUUGCGCCGUGGAUUGCCUGCUUUGGCGUUCCCGAUACGAUAACGACGGAUCAGGGAAGACAGUUCGAGAGUCGUCUUUUCAACAACCUCUGCGAGCUGAUGCAUUGCAAUAGAAUAUGGACUCCAGCCUACAUUCCGAGGGCCAACGGCGCAACGGAGAGAUUUCACCGCCAAUUAAAGGAUGCGUUUCGCUGUCAUUUCGCUGAAACGAGUUGGAGUGAAUUCAUUCCGCUUGUACUUUUGCGGUUCCGAGCAACUACAAAAGAAGAUAUCCACGCAUCACCCGCUGAGCUUGUUUAUGGCCAGAACGUCACUCUGCCGCCUGGCUUGAAAGAUGAGCCCGGAAGUGUAGUGGUGGACCCGACAGAUUACAUCAGCGUUCUCAAAGAGGUGAUGAGCAAAAUCAAGACCAACACCUCGCGGCCGGCAUCUAGUCCUCCAGGUUUCGUUCUAUGCGUUCUGUGCUACUACACGGACUCCAGAAUCACAUAUCAUUGGGCGACAUUGGUUCGUCCUGGCGUCUGGAAGCCAUUCAACAACCGUGUCUUAGAGAUACAGAAGCACUCAAAUCCGGACCAAUGGUUCUUCGUCCAGGGGACCAGCAACGUGAGCGACCUCGCCACACGUGGUAUAUCGGUCGAGUCACUGAUCAAUUGUUCCGAUUGGUGGUUCGGUCCCUCGUGGCUAAGGUCGCCUCGUGAAAGGUGGCCCAUCUCGCAACCUCGAACUGAAAGCUCAUCGUUCGAGCAAGUAAGCGAUGAAACGCGAAAGGUGGUUGCUCCCGUGGUGCUCUCGGAGCCGUUGGUGGAUCUCGACCGGCUCAGUACCGCCGGCCGUGCGAUCCGGACAAUGGGCUCCGUCCUCCAGUUUAUCGCCAGGACCCGUCGCCAAACACUUCCAGAACCCAUCGAGCUGCAUCGCAGGGCGGAAGCACACAUCGUCCGUGAAUGUCAGCAACAGUUCCUACGUCAGGAGAUCACGGACACCAAGGCGGGACACCGCCCGUCGUCGUCGUCGAAGUUGGCAGCCCAUCAGCUUUUCAUCGACGAGCAAAACAUACUGCGCGUGCGAACGCGGCUGACCGGCGUGAUCUCUACUUACGAUCAGAUGAAUCCCGUGGUCAUUCCCG